CUUCGCCCAGAAAUAUCUAUUUUCCAUUGUGAAUGCAGAUAAAGCGUUUUGAUCACAUAAUCCUACUCAUUACUCAUCGUGGUUAAUUACGUCAUUUUUGUUUGGAGCCGUGGGCUUUGAACAGAGCACUUAGCUGGCUCACGCCCGGGAGGCAGCCCGGUUCCAAAACGAAUCCAAUCAACUUUCACCCGGUGCAAAGCACGCCUACAUGGGCGCCCGGGAGAGAUUAAUCGAAUCCCCUCAUUGAACCCCUGAGAGGAAGAAGCGCAGCACAAUCUUUUUCUACACUCUUAGACUCCAGCAAACUCUUCAGCCAAAGAUGGCUCAUCUUCCAGAACUUUUUAAAUAUGUGGACGAACACCAGGAGCUGUACAUUGAGCGUCUUGCCCAAUGGGUGGCUGUGCAGAGUGUGUCUGCCUGGCCAGAGAAGCGCGGGGAGAUCAAGAAGAUGAUGGAGAUGGCAGCCAAGGACAUUGAGAAGCUGGGGGGCACAGUGGAGAUGGUGGACCUUGGAAAACAGAAGCUUCCCUCCGGAGAGGAGAUCCCCUUGCCACCCAUCGUCCUGGGUUUCUUGGGCUCCGACCCGGGUAAGAAGACUGUGUGCAUCUACGGCCACCUGGAUGUCCAGCCAGCUGCCAUCGAUGACGGCUGGGACACGGAGCCCUUCACUCUGGUGGAGAAAGAUGGGAAGCUCUAUGGCCGAGGCUCAACAGACGACAAAGGCCCAGUGUUGGCCUGGUUCAACUGUAUCGAGGGCUACCAGAAGAUACAACAGGAGCUUCCCAUCAACAUCAAGUUCUGCUUCGAGGGCAUGGAGGAAUCUGGCUCGGAGGGCCUGGACGAUCUGGUGUUCGCCCGCAAAGACACCUUCCUGAAGGACGUGGAUUACGUGUGCAUCUCAGACAACUAUUGGCUGGGCAAAACCAAGCCCUGCAUCACCUAUGGACUGAGGGGGAUCUGCUACUUCUUCAUUGAGAUGGAGUGCUGUGACAAGGACCUCCAUUCUGGGGUGUUUGGAGGCUCUGUCCAUGAAGCCAUGACUGACCUCAUCGCACUGAUGGGCUCCCUGGUGGACAAGAAGGGUAAGAUCCUCGUCCCGGGGAUGUACGAAGACGUGGCCAAGGUCACAGACGAGGAAAAGAAACUGUACGAGAAGAUUGACUUUGACAUGGUGGAGUAUGCCAAGGACGUUGGAGCUGGGAAGCUCCUACACGACACCAAGGAGGCUAUCCUGAUGCACCGCUGGAGGUACCCCUCCCUCUCCCUGCACGGCAUCGAGGGGGCCUUCUCCGACGGAGGUGCUAAGACCGUCAUUCCCCGCAAGGUCAUAGGCAAGUUCUCCAUCCGCCUGGUCCCGGACAUGGACCCCAAAGUGGUGGAGAAACAGGUUAUUGGCCACCUGGAGAAGAAGUUUGCUGAGCUGGAGAGCCCCAACAAGCUCAAGGUGUAUAUGGGCCAUGGGGCCAAGGCCUGGGUGUCCGACUUCAACCAUCCCCAUUACAUGGCUGGUAGAAAGGCCAUGAAGACAGUGUUCGGUGUGGAGCCUGACCUGACACGGGAAGGCGGCAGCAUCCCCGUCACCCUGACCUUCCAGGAAGCCACCGGCCGUAACGUCAUGCUGCUGCCCAUGGGCUCGUCUGACGACGGAGCACAUUCACAGAAUGAGAAACUCAACAGGACAAACUACAUCCAGGGCAUCAAGAUGCUCGGCGCAUACUUCCACGAGGUCUCCCAGUUGGAGUAAAUGAACUAGCCAGACCUGAGUGAGAUGUGUUCCUCAGCCUCCUGAGCUGUGGACCCAACUGUUUGAAUUUUCUAUCCAAUGCAAGUUUCAUAAUGUUUUCCAUGAACUGCUGCUGUACAGCAAAGCAGAUCCUUGAAGAUGUUCCUUUAGUAAUUUGUAAUAUCUUCCAACAAGGAGAUAAGUAGAGGAAAAUAAUAUAGAAGUAUUGAUUAUUGUAUUGUAGAAGUGCCAUCGUGUAUAUCUUCAUCUACUGUAUCAGAGUGUUAUAGAUGAGAACUAAACCAAACUCGACAAGGAAACGUGGACAGUAUAUACCCCAUCACACUUACAUGAUGUCACAGCUUUGUUGUGGUGUAUUUAUGAAAGUGCUAACAGACAACAGAAGACUGAUAUGCACUCAUUUCCUCCAUUUGGAGGGCUUGGAGAUGAUUUUAUACCUGAUAAGAUAAAAAAUUAAGAUGUUAGCUUGGUUGGGAAACCUCCAACUGUAAUGUAAAAAAGAAAAGAAACCAGCACACCCACUUCAACUAAUUUAUUCCUGUUAAAUACUAUGGGUAAUCAUUAAUGAAUAAGUGCACUCAGGAAGCAGAACACUGCAGUAUGUUUUUAAAUGUAUAUUGCAGUCUUAAAACAUGAGUAGACCAGAGAAAUGAACACACAGGACAUAGCCAUAGACAUCCACAGAUAUUCAGAAGUAUUCAAAGUGCUGAAAAUAACUCCAUACUUUUGCAUUACAUUACAUAUUACAGUAUACAAAAUGGCAUCUUGAUUGAGCCAUUCAAGGUUCUCUUUCAAACUGGAAUAUGACUUGACCUGUGUAUGCAUCUAUUUUCUCCCUUGUAACUGUGAAACAACAGGCAACUGUCACAUGCCAAUAUAUUCAAUAAAUCAUAUCAGUCUUGUA